AAAAAGAAAUUUAUUAAAAGAAAAUAUUGAAAAGUUGCAAGUCAGGAAUUAACAGUAUGUCAAUAUAAUUUAUGCUAUAAAAUACUUUCCAAUUUCCCCAAAAUUUUUACUAUAUGUAUAAAGAGCUUUAUAAUAUUAUAAAGCAUCUUAUUUGCAGUAAAAUAUAUACAACAUUUAUAAAAUAAAUAUUGAUUAUUUAUAAAUUUAAUAUAAUUAUAAAUAAUCUAAUAUUUUUUUUAUUUAACAUUUGACUGGACUUAUUAUUAUUAUUUAUAUUUUGAAUAUAACUUAAAUGAUAAAUUAAAUUUGUUAAUACAUUGCAUACUAUGUCAAUAGUUAAGACAUUUGGAUUUAAAUAUUAAUAGACAAUGAUAAUGAAUACUAUCUAAUAACUACAGAGUAAACAAAAUAAUAUGUUUACAGAACAAAGAACUAUGCCUAAAAUUGUACUUAGAUACCAUACAAUGAAUAUUAGAAUAUGUAUCAUUGGAAAUAAACUGGAUUAGUAGCUUAUAAUACUACAAGAGUAUUGGUUGAUCUUCAUUAUAAACUAAUAAAAGAAUUAAAAUUCUCUUAAAAGUGUUUAACACUUCUAGUUUGGAACCAGUAAAAUUUUUAGAAAUCAAUCAAAAUAAUAAUGACUUUAAAUUGUGAUUUUUCUAAAGCAUCACCAUUGGCAAAUAUUUACCAACAAAACAUACUGGAAGAUUAUGACUACAAUAAUGACGACAUAAACAGAUCAUUGUUUUGGGGUAUAAAAUCAUAUUUUAAAAUUCUCAACGUGAAAAAAGUGAACAAUCCUCAACUUUAUGGCAUGUAUUUAUUAUGGAAAGAGGAAUUAAAAGUUAGUGACAGUAACCAAUUGAAGGAAAGACAAUUAUAUCACGCAACUUCACCAAAAAAUGCUUUAAGUAUUUCUCAAAAUAAUAUUGACUGGCGUAAGACAUACAGGUCAAGAUUUGGAAUUGGUGCUUGUUUUUCAACAUGUCCUAAAUAUGCACACAGAUAUUCAAGUGCAAAUGGAGCAUUUAUGAUUUGCAAAGUGCUUACAAAAAAAAUAGAAGUAGUAGAUGUCAACUAUGACUUAAAUGUACCAACAAAAUGUGAAAAUGAUACUUCUUUGAGUAAUACAGGUAAAGUAUAUGUUAAAUAUGAUGACAACACUUUUUACCCAGAAUUUAUUGUUUAUUAUGUACAUUAAUUUUUGCAUUUGAUUUAUUGAAAAAUAAUAUUAAUAAUAAGAAAAAAUAUUAAUGUUUUUAAAUAAUAAACAAAAUAGUUAUUUUGAAAACUUCUCAACAUUUUUACACAACUAGAACAAAAUAUUGUAUAAGUGAUUCUAAAUUAAAUAUUUAGAUUACAUACA